GUACAAUGUGUCAUAGACCUAUUACACACGUUCUUACUAAUGGAUUUGUUAAACCUUUUCAGAGACUGAACAGAUUUAAAGUGCAUCAAUGCUUCUGUAAAUAAUAUUGAAUGUUUAUAUACAUUUCAAAUGGGAACGGUUCUGAACAUGAUCAGAGUAAGCAGGACAACAUUGAGGUUUCUUGCCCCAUCAGUAAAUGACUGGGCCAGGAUGUUAAGCAGAAGUUUUUGUAGCUCCUCAUCAGAAAAACAUCCCUCCAUGCUGAGACACCUGACCUCAAAAAUCACAGCUACCGGUCCCAUCACGGUGGCCGAGUACAUGAGAGAAGUCCUUACCAACCCAGUCUCGGGUUAUUAUGUGAAGAACGAUAUGCUGGGAGCUGAUGGUGAUUUCAUCACAUCACCAGAAAUAAGCCAGAUUUUUGGCGAGCUCAUUGGGAUCUGGUGUGUGAGUGAGUGGAUGGCUGCAGGAAAACCUAAAACACUUCAGCUUGUAGAACUGGGACCAGGACGAGGAUCAUUAAUCAGUGACAUCCUGAGGGUUUUCCAUCAGUUGCAGUCGGCACUGAGUGGAUCAUCAGUGUCUGUACACCUGGUGGAAGUAAGCCCGAAAUUAAGUGAGGUCCAGGCUCUCUGUCUGGCUGGAAAACACACACAGCUGUGUGUGAGUGAUGAAGAGUCAGUGUACCGCACUGGCACCACACACACUGGGAUUCCUGUCUCAUGGUACCGCAGGGUAGAGGACGUUCCCAGAGGUUUUAGUAUUUUCUUGGCCCAUGAGUUCUUCGAUGCCCUGCCCAUCCAUAAAUUUCAGAGAACAGAGAAGGGCUGGAGAGAGGUGAUGGUUGAUAUAGACCCUGAGGAACCCAGUAGGCUCAGAUUUGUGGUGUUUCCUGCUCCCACUCUCGCCUCCUCGACACUUAUACACCCAGAUGAACAGCGGGAGCAUGUGGAGGUUUGCGCUGAGGGUGGAGUCAUCGUUCAGAAGCUGGCCGGUCGGAUCACAGAGGAUGGUGGAGCGGCACUAAUUGCAGACUACGGUCAUGAUGGGACAAAGACAGACACUUUCAGAGGUUUUAGAAAACACAAACUUCAUGAUGUCUUGGUGGCUCCCGGCACUGCAGAUCUGACUGCAGACGUUGACUUUAGCUAUCUGAGGAGGAUGGCUGGAGACGCUGUUGUUUGCUUCGGACCCAUUCCGCAAAGAGACUUUCUCAAGAACAUGGGCAUCGACACCCGUCUGCAGGCACUGCUCAGAAGGAGCAGUGACACCUCUACCCGAUCUCAUCUUAUUCAUGGAUACAAGAUGCUGACCGACCCAGAGAAGAUGGGCCACCGGUUCCAGUUCUUCUCUUUGUUGGCUCCCAGUCGUCUGACUCCGCAUCAGGAACAGGAAGAAGCGAAGAACAUAACGAAGGGAAGUAAGAGGCCUGCAGCACCACUGCCUGUCGCUGGGUUCACUGAGCUUGACCUGCACUGAACAUAAACUCUGAUGUUAACAGCAAAGUGAAUAAACAAAAUGAACUGUGGCAAAGAGCGCAGUUUGCCAGAAAGUACACACUCUGUUUGUAUUAAAUUUGUGGUUGACA